GUAGCGCAAGCAGCAGUCAUGAAGUCCGUGUAAAUAGUCAUACCAGUCGUCGUCCCCAAAAAUUUCUACAGAGAUAAACCCGCUCUAGAGCGAGCGAGAGAGAGGGCUACACAUACACUCACACACAUCGUUGUCGAACACGCAGUCGCCGCGCUUCAAAACGCCGAAUGCGGCGGUUCAGCUCUACCUAAAAUCAGCUCAUGUGAAACACCGUGUUACUUGUAUUGAAUUUUGUGGAAACAUUGUGUGAUUGAUCGGAAGUGUUGAAAAUUUGAGGAAAAUGGCUGGUGAUAAUGAAGAAGCUAAUACGCAGAGGCUUCAAUCUUCGUUUGGAACAUCAUCAUCUUCAUUUCCUAAACAACAGCAGCAUCAGUCGUUUUUGAUGAAGCAAAUGGAAAUUCCUCAGUUAACCAUGCCGCAAUUUCGUGGUCAGAUUCGGCAGAAUUCACCUAAUUUAGGGACUGAAAACAAUGGAAAAAGAGUUGGCAUUCCGCCCUCUCACCCCCACCCCCAAAUCCCUCCAAUUUCCCCUUACUCGCAGAUCCCCGUUAAUCGCCAAACGGGAAUGCAGAAUUUCAGCACUAGUCCGGGGCCAUCACACAGCCGUUCAUUGUCGCAGCCCUCAUUUUUCGCCCUUGAUUCGUUGCCACCAUUGAGCCCAUCGCCUUACCGGGAGCUGCAUUCGAAUUCUAUGGCUGACCAUGUUUCGGCUGAUGUGUCUAUGGAGGAAAGGGAUGGGAGCUCACACUCGUUGUUGCCACCCUCGCCUUUUGUGAGGGGUAAUUCGAUGAGAAUUGGCGAGAGUCUUCCUCCGAGAAAGGCUCACAGGCGGUCUAAUAGUGAUAUCCCGUUUGGGUUUACGUCUGUUUUGCAGUCCUCGGCUCCACUCAUGCCAUUCAGAAGCUCUGCUGGAGAGAAUCAAGGGACUCAGCAGCAGCAGCCAGCGACGUUGAUCAAGAAAGAGUCAUGUUGGGAGAAACCCGUGGAGAGUCGCACUGAAGGGAUUGGGGAGAGGAAAUCUGAGGGGGAUGUUGUGGAUGAUCUUUUCUCAGCGUAUCUGAAUUUGGAGAACAUUGAUGCUUUCAACUCAUCGGGUACUGAUGAGAAGCUGGGGAAUGAUAAUCGGGAGGAUUUAGACAGUCGAGCCAGUGGCACAAAGACGAAUGGAGGUGACAGCAGCGAUAAUGAAGCGACUAGUAGUAGUGUGAAUGAGAGUGGGAGUAGUGCACAGAAGCAGGGAACUUCUUCACUGCCACAAAAGAGGGAAGGGCUUAAAAGGAAUGCUGGGGGAGAUAUUGCUCCCACCUCCCGUCACUAUCGGAGUGUCUCAAUGGAUAGUUUUAUGGAAAAGAUGAAUUUUGGUGACGAGUAUCCCAAAAUGCCGCCCUCACCGGGAAACCAUCAGUUGUCGCCCACCGAUUCUAUGGAUGGGAAUUCAAAUGCUUUUAGCUUAGAGUUUGGUAAUGGCGAGUUCACUGGUGCUGAACUGAAGAAGAUUAUGGCGAAUGAGAAACUUACUGAGAUAGCAUCAAGUGAUCCCAAACGGGCUAAAAGGAUCUUAGCUAACCGGCAGUCAGCUGCUCGAUCAAAGGAGAGAAAGAUGAGGUAUAUAUCAGAAUUGGAGCAUAAGGUCCAGACUUUACAAACUGAAGCAACCACAUUGUCUGCCCAACUCACUCUACUUCAAAGAGACUCUUCUGGACUAACUAGCCAGAACAGCGAGCUCAAGUUUCGCUUGCAGGCCAUGGAACAACAGGCUCAACUCCGAGAUGCACUGAACGAAGCCUUGACAGCGGAGGUGCAGCGUCUGAAGCUUGCAACUGCUGAAUUGAGUGGAGAAAAGUUUCAGCAGCUCUCAAUCAGCCCCCAGAUGUUCCAGCUGCGCCAGCAGCAAACUCAACUCAACAUGCAUCAAAUGCAGCACCAACAACAGCAGCAAUCGAGUGGAAACACACCAGCAAAUAGUGAUUCAAACCAGUAGAUGAACAUCACAACACAAUCUGCACUGCAGACCUCAACCAAAAAAGCUUUUGAUGGUGCAUCAGCCUUUGCAGCUACUACUGCUAUCUCUAUAUAUUCAUCAGCAUUUUUUCUAGUGAAAAUUGCAUUUGUUUUGUUAGGUCGGGAUCAUAUCGCAUUGCAUUGCGGGCCACAAUUGUCCUUUUUUUUUGUCCCAUGUGUUGUUAGCCGUACUCGAGCUUGCAUCGUGUUUUUAAGCACCAACAAUACUGUUUCAGAUGUAGGUCCCCAGGGAUUUGGGUUUCUUGGUUCAAAUUUGUUUAAAUUAUAUAUAUAUUUUUUAUUUUGUUC